AUGAGACCAGUCCAUCUCGGUGAGCACAUUCGCUUCUGUCGACAUGGGCCAGGACAAGAAUCGGUACAAGAAAACACUGUUGGAUCUGGAGUUGGGGUGUCGAAAAGUGAUCGCAAAGGUGAACGCCCGAGUGCCAUACUGCGAUGUCGUGUUGAAAGUGGAAGGCAGGGCCUUCUUCAGCAGCAGGUUGAUUUUGGGUUCAUGGUCGCCUUACUUCGACCGGAUUUUCACUUCUGGAAGCGAAGAGGCAACGAAAAGGGAGGUGGUCCUCAAUGGUGUCUCGAAAAUCGGAUUCAUGGCCAUAACCCUCAAGAACGUGCCGGGCCUCAAGUAGUAUCUGCCGCUCCUACCGAACGACCGGUACGGAAUGCCCUUCUCUUCCUCCGGACGGCUCAGGAUCUGGGCGAAAAGGAACUGCAGGAAGAGAUCCUUGCAUUCGUGGCUCGUUGCUUCAGUGACAUAGUGGGAACACCGGGAUUUCUCGAGUUGACUUUGGAAACGAUCAGGGGUCUUUUCCUCCGAGACGACUUGAAGAUAGACUCGGAAGAGGCAGUGUUCCGUUCAUGCAAAUGCUGGAUCGAACACGAUCAAGAUCGAAGGGAACACUGGCCGGCGUUACUCGAUGCAGUCCGACUUCCCCUUCUCCCCUUGGAUUUCCUGAAGAGAAACGUGAUUGGGGAUCCCAGCAUCAGCCUGGACCACAGGUGCGGCCGUAUCAUCGGAGAAGCCAAAGACUACCACGUCCCCGAACUACGUGACUUGGUGCCAGUCCGCAAGACGAUUCAGCGCGGAUCGCGACCACGCACUCCGACUGAAGUUUUCUUUCUAGCAGAGUGGAACGAUGGGAGGAAGACGAUCGCCCGUAUGCACCCUGAGUCGUGGGGGACUUCCCAUGUAACUCAAUAUCCAUUUCCUGACGUAUACUUUUACUUGAGGUGUUUCACUGCGAUUGGGAAUAGACUUUUCGUGGUAGGAGGAGGAGAACUGAAGACGAUGGAACUCCACGACAUGAGCUGGAAGACUGGUCCAGCUCCACCUGUGAAUGUAAUUUAUCCCGCAUGUGCAUCGUCCUCUGAUUCCAUCUUCUUGUGCGGAGGAUUGAAAAAUAAUUCAGUGUGCAGAUUUGACUUGCAGGGACAAAAGUGGAUUCAACUGCCAAAAUUCAGGACACCUCGUGGGGGGGCUGCGGCAGCCCUGCAGGGAUCCACUCUUCACCUCAUCGGAGGAUGGGAUACCCGUGAUAUUAUGUUAGGUGAAUAUGAAAGGCUGGAUGUGAGAUUGGGCCUAUGGGAGAAAGUCGCCCCUCUGCCGCAGGGGAGAGAAUGGCCGGCUGCUGUGUUCCACAAUGAAAAACUCUACAUUGGUGGAGGAGGAGAUGUUUCACUUUGGAAGCAGGAGGUAUUCUCGUACGAGGCGAGAGUAAAUAAGUGGAUGCAACUCCCGAGCAUGAAAAAAGGAAGAGAAUGUCAUGGCCUCAUCUCGUUCGAAGGGAAAUUAUAUGGGAUCGGUGGAUUGGAAAACCCGACCAUCGAAGCUUUUGACGAGGAGGAGUGGAAGUUUAUUAAGAACCUUGGUUUCAAGACGUGCGAACAAGCCUGUUUCAUGAUUUAA